AUGGUCCAGUGGGUCAUAAUCCAGUGGCGGCUGCAAAAGUACAAGUCCCCAAACUGCAACAAAUUGCACCUAAUCAGAGUCACCAUACGGGAUUUUUGCAAGCCGUACCCCGCCCAAAAGGUCAAACCAGGCGCCCACAUUCUCUUAGAGACUUUUCAGGUAACAACAACAGUUAUAAUAAUCAAAGACAACAUCCGUAUCGCAAUCAAAACCACGAUCUAG